AUGGCGAUGCCGGUCUUGUCUCCUUAUGCCGUGCGCAAUGAUCUGGCAGGGGCAGUUACCUUGCACCUGCCUGGCAGUCAGAGGCUGCGCUUGGAUGCUUCCUCGGAGCAGUGCCUCCAAGUUCAGGAGUCCGAUGGCCGUCGAAAGAAUCUGACCCGAGUGACACUGCAGUUAGAAGUUGGGACUCGGACGACAGAGGUCGAGGGCAUCUCCUUGGACCGCGUGGGCCGUCGAGUCUAUGCCCUUCGCACAGGUGCCUUGACGCGCUCGAGCCGGAGUUCCAGUGAGCAGGCGUUGCCGCACUUCCAGGCAACCCAAUUGGCUGGUCGCCGCAAGGGCCUGGGCAGAGCUGCAAGCCAUCCAUCCUUGAGGCAGGCGGAGGUCGGAGGAAGCGCCAGAGUGUCACCGCCCUACGUGGUGUGCCGCGUGCAGGCCAAAGAGGCUUACAAGAUGUUGAUUCUGGAGCCGCCGGCACGCAUCAUCAAUGAUCUGAGUAUACCCGUUCUUCUUGCCAUAAAUGGCCGCCAGGAGAAUGAAGAGGCACCAUGUCGUUUGCACAUUCUGGAAGGGUAG